UUUACCUGAGUCUCCACUGGAACUCUUCUUAGCAGCUCACCUCGUCCUGACCCAGCCCCCGCGGAGAGCGGCGCCAGCCCGAGCGCUGCCUCGUACUCGGCGUCCGCCGAAGUCGGAACGCCUUUCAGCGUCUCCCCGCGACUCGGCAAGGAUCGCGUCCGGGCUGCCGUCGCCUCGUCGCCAUGGCGCCCACCAUCCAGACCCAGGCCCAGCGGGAGGAUGGCCACAGGCCCAAUUCCCACCGGACUCUGCCUGAGAGGUCUGGAGUGGUCUGCCGAGUCAAGUACUGCAAUAGCCUCCCUGACAUCCCCUUCGACCCCAAGUUCAUCACCUACCCCUUCGACCAGAACAGGUUCGUCCAGUACAAGGCGACCUCCUUGGAGAAACAGCACAAACAUGACCUCCUGACUGAGCCAGACCUGGGGGUCACCAUCGACCUCAUCAACCCUGAUACCUACCGCAUUGACCCCAACGUACUCCUAGAUCCGGCUGAUGAGAAGCUUUUGGAAGAGGAGAUUCAGGCCCCCACCAGCUCUAAGAGAUCCCAGCAGCACGCAAAGGUGGUGCCAUGGAUGCGGAAGACAGAGUACAUCUCAACCGAGUUCAACCGUUACGGCAUCUCCAAUGAGAAGCCUGAGGUCAAGAUUGGAGUUUCUGUGAAGCAGCAGUUCACUGAGGAAGAAAUCUACAAAGACAGGGACAGCCAGAUCACAGCCAUUGAGAAGACUUUUGAGGAUGCCCAGAAAUCGAUCUCCCAGCAUUACAGCAAGCCCCGGGUGACGCCAGUGGAGGUCAUGCCUGUCUUCCCAGAUUUUAAGAUGUGGAUCAACCCAUGUGCUCAGGUAAUCUUUGACUCAGACCCAGCCCCCAAGGACACAAGUGGUGCAGCUGCGUUGGAGAUGAUGUCUCAGGCCAUGAUCAGAGGCAUGAUGGAUGAGGAAGGGAACCAGUUUGUGGCCUACUUCCUGCCUGUGGAAGAGACGCUGAAGAAGCGAAAGCGGGACCAGGAAGAGGAGAUGGACUAUGCACCGGAUGAUGUGUAUGACUACAAGAUUGCUCGCGAGUACAACUGGAACGUGAAGAACAAGGCUAGCAAGGGCUACGAGGAAAACUACUUUUUCAUCUUCCGAGAGGGCGAUGGCGUCUACUACAAUGAACUGGAGACUAGGGUCCGCCUGAGUAAGCGCCGGGCCAAAGCUGGGGUCCAGUCAGGUACCAAUGCCCUGCUUGUGGUCAAACAUCGGGACAUGAACGAGAAGGAACUGGAAGCCCAGGAGGCACGGAAGGCCCAGCUGGAGAACCACGAACCCGAGGAGGAAGAGGAAGAGGAAAUGGAAACAGAAGAGAAAGAAGCUGGGGGCUCAGAUGAGGAGCGAGAGAAGGACAGCAGCAGCGAGAAGGAAGGCAGUGAGGACGAGCGCUCAGGCAGUGAGAGUGAACGGGAGGAAGGUGACAGGGACGAGGCGAGUGACAAGAGUGGGAGCGGUGAGGAUGAGAGCAGUGAGGAUGAGGCCCGGGCUGCCCGGGACAAAGAGGAGAUCUUCGGCAGUGACGCGGAUUCGGAGGACGACGCUGACUCUGAUGAGGAGGACAGAGGCCGGGCCCAUGGCAGUGACGAUUCAGACAGCGGCAGUGAUGGCGGUGGCCAGCGCAGCCGCAGCGCCAGUCCCUUCCCCAGUGGCAGUGAGCACUCAGCCCAGGAUGGCAGUGAAGCUGCAGCUUCUGAUUCCAGUGAAGCCGACAGUGACAGUGACUGAGUCCCAGGGCCUUCAGGACUGGCACAGACACGAUGAUGACGUGCAGGAAGGCGCUUUUCCAGUGUUCUAUUUGCAGGCCCCUCGCUUUGUCUGUUCCCUUCCCCUCCUCCAAACCUUCGCUGUUAAUAAAGCCGACUUCUCUCUA